CGGCAUGCGCCUGUCAUGCUGCUUCAUAUGCGACAGGAGCCUGAUGUCCCGGUCACCACAGCACACGUACUCAUCGCAUUGGCUUCUCUUGCCCGUUUGGCGGCCGAUGCAACACGGUAGCCUCGUUCACAAGCGCAAGUCACUCCAUGCCUUCAGCGCCGGGGUGCGAGUGCGGGUCGCGGGAUGAUAAACGUUCCGGACGAGCUUCGCUACUAUUCUGGGGGCUGCUCCUCAUUCACAAUUCUGAUGCUGAUUGAGCACGUCAAACGUCGACGGCGGCUCCGGCGCGACGGCACGCGGGAAGCCAUCAGCUGCGUUCUGUGGCUGGCGUCCAAAGUGCCCGGGCUCACAACCGCAACGUGCGCUGCUGUGCGGCCUCUGCAGCUGUCCCUCCACCAAGGGCCUGCUUGUGCGGCUCGCAGUGGUACCUCGAUGUCGCUGUUCGACCGCCGACAGCUGCAUCUGCCGUGCUGUGACGCAGCAGAGAGAGAGCAGAGAGGUGUGAGCUGCCGCCUGCUGCUUCUACAGCCACCCUUCUGCCGCCCUGGUGCAGGUUUCUCUCACGUCUGAACCGCUGAGCCACGCCUCCUACCCGCCGUCGUCGUCGGUAAUCGAAGCACGAUUCAUGCGGC